AUGUCUGCUAUCAUCAACAAGAUACACACAGCGCCAGCUGCAGCGGCCUUUCUAUCGAUCGGUCUAUUUCAGGGCAUCGCUGUGACACUUCUGAUGAGCGUUGUCCUGUUACAAUGGCAGGAAUACGCCAGACCGACAGUGAUCCAGGUCCCUCGAGGGUACAGCAUCCCAACUAAUUUUGCCAUCUUUAUUUUUGGAUUCAUCUUUCAUUUGUUAUUCAUGUGGGAUGCCAUCAGGUUAAGGAGUACAGCCCAAGCGGUGCUCGCGUGCGUCAUCAACGCCGGCUUUUUACCCCUGGCCAUUUUCCAGCGACGGGAUAUCAAGGAGGCUAUCGAGUCAUUCAAGACCUCAACAGACAGUAAUGGCGACCAUUUGGUCAAUACUGACAUGGAUAUCUGGGCCGUUAUUGGCAAGAUUCUGCUCAUCAUUCCUAUCAUUAUCGCCGUUUGCACCUUGGUUCUGCCUAUCAGCGCUUGGUAUCUCAAGCAAUACUUCUCAUGGCAGUCGUAUCGCAAUGUUGGCGCAGAUGCAAAGAUGAGAAAGAUUCGAAUUACCCACCAAAUCUUUGUCAUGCUCGCCAAAAUGGACAUUUACUUCGUCGUCUGCUUCGUCCUUAUUUUCUGCUUCCCCGUACUUGGAGGAAUCCGUAAUGGAGGCACUCAAUUCAUUGUCAACAUUGCCCUUCUCGGUGUUGCAGUCGCCGUCAUCUCCGCAUCCAUCAUGUUCAGCAAGUCAGAGAAUCGCAUCGGAAUGUGUUUCUCCAUAGCCAUGUAUCUUGCAAUGCUUGGCUACUUGCUUUACCUGGAGAUAGCUGCACAACUGGACCCCAGGAAGAGAACCGGAGGUUCAAUCGACUCUUUCACCGCCUUCGGUAGCAUGAGUAUCGUGUCCAUCUUCAUGACGACAAUAUUCGCCAUAUUAUGCCUGAGAAACUUCUUUGGAGGGUUGAAAGAGCAUCUGGGGAAACACGAAGAAGCUUGGGAUCCUCAUGGAAGUGCAAAGGAUUUUGAGCUUGGUAACGACGUCAACUUUGAGUAUAAGAGCGUACCGGCGGUCCGAGAUCUGGAUAGCUGA